CAGGCGCGCACGGCACGGCUGGUUUGCUCGUAGUCGUAGUUAACUAUGCCUGUAUUGGACGCAGAGCCCAUCGAGCGAGCUUGCGGCGUGUUGCGGGCAAGCAAACGGGAGGAAAGGCUCAUUGGCACGAACGGCCAAUGCAGUGGCAACCCGCAGUACAUUGGGCGGAUGAUCUUGCUUUGCGGUCGCAAGGAUGGAAUAUUUCCUUUUCAAUGUUUGGUAGGACCGGACUGGCCAUGCAUGCUCAUCACAUACACGAUGGUAUGCGUUCCAAGCAUUUUUUUCUUGAUUCUGGUAGCCCCCCGCGUGAGCUCUGUCAUCGUAUGGGUGGGGCUCGCCUCCUUCAUGCUCACGCUAUUCUUCUUCAGCCUCACGGCAUGUUCAGAUCCCGGCAUUGUCUUCUGGCAACUCCCAAAUGGAGGGGAGGAAAGAAGUAUCGAUCCUGAAAGUGGGACAGUGGUGCUUCAUAACAAUGAUUGUGGUAACGGUAGUAUAAGUGCGACAUUACCAGUGGUCGAUCAGUCCACGUCGCUGGCAGCUUCCUCCCAGGGCUUCUCGAGUGCGCGCAACCCCGUUCCGCAGAUUCCCUGCUCCCGUUGCGAGCUCUCUAGGCCUAUGGGCGCCUCACACUGCUAUGAGUGCGAAGUGUGCGUAAAAGAUUUGGACCAUCAUUGCCCUUGGACAGGCAAAUGUAUCGGUCGGAAAAACUUGCAAUUUUUCUACCUCUUUUUAACCUUCCUGACAGUGCAUAUCAUAUUCCUCGGGUCGGUGACUGCUAUGACAGCCAUUAAUAAUACAUUUCACAAGGGCGAAAGAUUAUGACGAGAAUCACUUUAGAAAGAUAUGAAUAAAAAACUAGGUACGUUAAGCACGAA